CGACGCGAGUGUUUAUAAAAAAACCCUGUGUAUUUUGUGUGUAUCAUACAUUUGUUCUGUGUAUUGUGUACUGUGUAAACCAAAGUGUAAAAAUUGUUUGCCGUUUCCACCGAAAGGAUCAUAAAAUGACGUAGUCACCAUUCGUCUGCUACUUACGGACCGACACUCGCUUGCCGAGAUGUCUGCUUACCUUCGUCUGCUGUUUAUAUGCGCCGUGGUGAUAGCUGCUGCGUCGUUGACGCGAGGUGCCACAUGCCCAUGGGCGUGUUCCUGCAGGGCAGCGGCGGCUGAUUGUGCCCAUCGGGGGUUGCUACAUGUGCCCAAACGAUUGCCUACGGAUUCGCAUCGAUUAGACCUACAAGGCAACAAUAUCACGAUCAUCUUUCAGAGCGACUUCCAAAACCUGAAGGAUUUGAAAACUUUACAAUUAUCGGAAAAUCUUAUUCACACGAUCGAGAGAGAUGCCUUCUUGGAGCUGAACGCUUUGGAACGACUGAGACUGAACAAUAAUCGGCUGGGCCAUUUGCCAGAGGGGAUAUUUUUGAGAUUGAGACACCUUCAGAGAUUGGAUUUGAGUCGGAACGAGCUGACGGCUAUAAGUCGGAGAACGUUCAGAGGUCUGACGGCACUGAAGAGUCUACAUUUGGAUGGAAACCACCUCAAAUGUAUCGAUGAGAAGGCGUUUGAAAACCUCAAGAGUUUGGAAGUAUUGACUCUAAACAACAACAAUUUGACGUACCUCGCGCUGGAGCCGGUAGCGAUUAGUCGACUGAACACGCUGCGACUGACCGACAAUCCAGUCGUAUGCGACUGUAGAGUUGCCAGACUGGCUACCACUGUCCGUGCAGCUGGAAUCUUAGGCGUAGGUGCCAGAUGCCAGGCGCCAGCUGCGUUGAGGGGCGCACUUCUUACCGAACUGGAACCCCAUGAGUUGAUCUGCAGCGGUCCAACCACGACAACGACGGUGGAGUGUUCAGCAGAGCCUCGCUGCCCGCCUCCAUGCCGCUGCACUCCUGAGGGUACCGUGGACUGCAGGGAGAAGCUGCUCUCUGAACUACCCGCUACUAUUCCUCAUAGGGCUACUGAAAUCCGCCUAGAACAGAACGAGAUAACCGAGGUCGGCGCCGGUGCAUUCGCGUCAGUGAAGCGAGUGGCGCGAAUUGAUCUGUCAAAUAACAAGAUCACGAAGUUAGCCGCAGAUGCCUUCACUGGACUUGUGCAUCUAACUUCAUUAGUGCUAUAUGGAAAUAAAAUAAAGGACCUGCCAUCAGGAAUAUUUCACGGGCUUUCUUCCCUACAGUUACUGUUGCUGAAUUCCAAUGAAAUUACAUGCGUACGAAAAGAUACCUUCAGGGAUCUACAGAACCUGAAAUUACUUUCUCUAUACGACAAUAAUAUCAGAUCGCUACCAAAUGGGACAUUUGAUGCGCUAACUGGGAUUCAAACGCUGCAUUUAGGUCGGAAUCCCUUCGCCUGCGACUGUUCCCUACGCUGGCUGGCCGCAUAUUUAAGAAAAAAUCCCAUCGAGACAUCAGGAGCCAAGUGUGACUCUCCUAAACGAAUGAGUAGAAAGAGAAUCGAUGCCCUGAGAGAAGAGAACUUUAAGUGCAAACCUGGCGAAGAGUCUCCAAACGCGUGUGGGUCGUCGGGCGCGUGCCCCGCGGCGUGCGCGUGCGAGUACGGCGCGCGCGCUGUCAGCGUGGCCUGCGCGCGCGCCGCGCUCGGGGAGGUGCCGCGGGACCUGCCCGUCAACACUGAUGCACUGUGA